AUGUUCAGGGAGUCGUUCUGGAGUCCCGCGCCGCCGCGCGACUCGCUUCCCAAGCCGUUCACGUUUAAGAAGCCCGAGGGCAACGGUGCUGCUGCCAACAUCUCGCUCGUUCUCGUCGCAAUUCUAGCGACCGUAGGCAUAGCCAUUGCGCUGGCCAUGGUGUCCAUGCCACUCCUGGGGCUCAUCGAGUCGUACUUCACAGGAGAACCCGCCAGCCUCCCCGCGCUCUUCCCCCACCCGUACUCCCCGUUCGCCUACAUGGGUGGAGGUGGGGAGGAGUCCAUGAUGGUCACUGGCGGCUUUGACUCGGGCCUCAAUUGGAGUUGUGCCGAUGGGGAGAACUGCCAUCUCUCCAAGGUUCUUCUAGCAGCGGCGCUUGGCUUGUCCGCGCUGCUCAUCCUACUCAUGUGCCUUGCGUUUUUUGUGGAUAAGGUUCUAUCCAGAAUUCUGGGGCAUACCAUUCAAGCUCUCACACAACAUCAACUAAAAAGAAGGCCGUCAGAGAGCCAUAUUGCGACUUCCGUCGCGAGGCUGGACGUCACCUGCGCCGCACCAGCAAAUUCCAGUGCUGCUGCCAGGCCGCAGCGACAAGAGGCGUCGCUCGUGGCGUCAUGGAGGAAGGCGCGCGUCGCCAGACCGGUGGUGCUCAGUGCCAGCGCGCAGGUGCAGGCCGCCCCCCGCGUCUCUGCACGCUCCGUCGCGGUGAAGGCAUCAGCAGGCUCUGCCGACGAGGCGGGCGUCAAGUACCACUUCGUGGUGGCGAACGCGACGUUCAUGCUGGACGAGGAGGAGCACUUCCAGGAGCAGCUCAAGGAACGGCUACGGUGGCUGGAGGAGAAGGGCACGGAGCAGAACUUCUGGCUCGUCUUCGAGCCCAAGUUCCUCGAGGAGUUCCCCGAGAUCGCCAAGCGCGUCAAGAGACCCGCCGUCGCUCUCGUCUCCACCGACGCUACCUGGAUCACGUUCAUGAAGCUGCGUCUGGAUCGCGUGCUCAAGGGCGAGUUCGAGGCCAGCUCACAGGACGACGCAUUGGAGGGCAAGCCUUUUGACAUCUCCUUCCCCAAGCCCGCCAACUGGGUCGCGCCCUACCCUAAAUACGAGCCCAACUGGUGGAAGCCCUAUGCCCCGGCCAAGUAUGCCAAGGCCAACUAG